UCGAUUGUUGGAGAUCUUGAGAAAAGAACCGUUUGAAGGAGUAUCAUUUUCAUGGAAUUUUCAAAAAGAUGGACAAGAGCAGCUCAUUAAUGGUGGCAGCAGCAAUAGUUUGGUACAGUGGAUGGAAGGACGGCUAUCAUUUGAACUUCAUUCUGCCUCUUCAACCUUAAUCUAAGUUGCUCAGACUCUUCAAAGAUAUCUAAAGUUUUAUAAACAUGAAAGUAGCAGUGGUGGGAGCAGGAAUAAGUGGACUGGUUUCUGCAUAUGAAUUGGCAAAAUCUGGUGUCCAAGUUGUGGUUUAUGAAAAGGAAAAUUAUCUUGGUGGCUACGCUAAAACUGUUACUGUCGAUGGCAUUGAUCUUGACCUUGGUUUUAUGAUCCUCGAUCGAGUAAGUUAUCCAAACAUGAUAGAAUUUUUUGAGUUCCUUGGAGUUGAUAUGGACAUCUCUGAUAUGUCAAUCUCAGUGAGCUUAGAUCAAGGUCGUGGUUGCGAAUGGGGUACCAGAAACGGAUUCUCUAGUUUGUUUGCGCACAAGAAGAAUCUCUUGAAUCCGUAUUUUUGGCAAAUGAUUAGAGAAAUUAGCACAUUCAAGCAGGAUGUCAUAAGUUACCUUGAAGCACUUGACAACAAUCCUGACAUUGAUCGCAAUGAAACAUUAGGGCAAUUUAUUAAGUCACAUGGCUAUUCGGAGCUAUUUCAGAAGGCUUAUCUGAUUCCAAUAUGUGCUUCAAUCUGGAUUUGUCCCAUAGCAGGAGUACUGGACUUUUCUGCAUAUUACAUUCUUUCAUUCCUCCAUGACCACCAUCUUCUGCAGCUCUUUGCUCUCCCUCAAUUGCUCACCCUAAGAUGGAGAUCACAUAUAAAUAAGGUUAAGGAGGAGCUGGAAAAGAGAGGCUGCCAAAUAAGAAUUGGUUGUGAAGUAAAUUCUGUAACAACAAAUGAAGAAGGUUGUACCAUAGCUAGCAACGAUGGUGCCAAAGAAGUAUUUGAUGGAUGCAUCAUGGCUGCACAUGCUCCAAAUACUCUGAAAAUGUUAGGCGAAGAGGCAACAAGCGAUGAAACAAGAAUACUGGGUGCUUUCCAGUAUGUCUAUAGUGACGUUUUUCUUCAUCGUGACACAACAUUCCUACCUCGCAACCCAGCAGCAUGGAGUGCGUGCAACUUUCUUGGAACCAUGAAUAUUAGAGGAUGCGUGACAUAUUGGCUCAAUAUAAUCCAGAAUAUUGGUAACUCAAAGCUGCCUUAUCUCGUAACCCUUGAUCCUCCUCACGCACCAGAGCAUACAUUGCAUAAGUGGACAACAAGUCACCUAGUCCCCUCAGUUGCUGCAACAAAAGCAUCAUGUGAGCUACAUCAAAUCCAAGGGAAGAGAAGAAUAUGGUUUUCUGGAGCAUAUCAAGGCUAUGGAUUCCAUGAGAAUGGACUAAAGGCGGGUGUUGUUGCUGCAUAUGUCAUGCUUAGAAAGAAUUGUAGUAUUCUGGACAACCCCAAGCAGAUGGUACCAACCUGGCCUGAAACUGGAGCACGCCUCCUCGUUACAAGCUUUUUCAAAAAUUUCAUUCAAACAGGAUGUAUAAUCUUGUUGGAAGAAGGAGGUAAAAUUUUCACCUUCCAAGGAACAGAUAGGAAAUGCUCUCUCAAAGUUUCUCUUAGAGUUCAUAAUUCACAGUUUUACUGGAGGGUUGCAACUCAAGCUGACAUAGGCCUUGCUGAUGCUUUUAUUCAUGGGGAUUUCUCUUUUGUUGAUAAGAAUGAAGGUCUUCUUAAUCUUAUCACGAUAUUUAUUGCCAACAGAGAUUUGACAGAAGGUAUUAAAACGUCUAGCAAGAAAAGAGGCUGGUGGACACCUGUGCUUUUUACAGCAGCACUGUCAUCUGCAAAAUAUUUCAUUCGACAUGUUUCAAAUAGAAAUACCCUUACUCAGGCUCGCAGGAAUAUCUCUUGCCAUUAUGACCUGAGUAAUGAACUCUUCGAACUCUUUAUGGAUGAGACAAUGCUCUACUCAUGUGCAAUAUUCAAGAGUGAGGAGGAAGACCUAAAAGAUGCACAGCUGAGAAAGAUUUCUGUUCUCAUUAGAAAGGCAAACAUUAGCAAGGAACAUCAUAUUUUAGAGAUUGGAUUUGGUUGGGGAAGUUUUGCCAUGGAAGUUGCCAAGCAAACAGGAUGUAAAUAUACUGGUAUAACUAUCUCAGAACAGCAACUGAAGUAUGCACAAUUGAAAGUUGAUCAAGCAGGCCUUCAGGAUCAAAUAACAUUUAUCUUGUGUGACUAUCGCCAAAUCCCAAAUAAGGACAAAUAUGAUAGGAUUAUAGCAAUCGAGAUGAUAGAACAUGUUGGUCAUGAUUACAUGGAGGAAUUCUUUACUUGCUGUGACGCUGCACUAAAAGAAGAUGGGCUUCUAGUUCUUCAGUUCAUUUCAAUACCAGAACCGAUGUAUGACGAAUUAAGGCAUAGCUCAGGCUUCAUAAGAGAGUACAUAUUCCCAGGUGGAUGCACGCCUGCACUAAGUCGAGUAACUUCAGCCAUGGCUGCUGCCUCCAGACUAUGUGUAGCGCACCUGGAAGAGAUAGGAAUUCAUUACUAUCAGACACUGAGAUGUUGGCGGAAAAACUACUUGAAAAAUCAAAGCAAAAUUCGUUCUUUGGGAUUCGAUGACAAGUUCAUCAGGACUUGGGAGUACUACUUCGACUACUGUGCUGCUGGAUUCAAAUCACGCACGGUAGGAGAUUAUCAGAUUGUAUUUUCAAGGCCAGGCAAUGUUGCAACAUUUGAUGAUCCUUACAAUGGUGUGCCUUCAGCUUAUUAGAGUUUCUUUUUUGGAAUGUAUUAUAUUGGAACUUUGUCUUUGCAAAUAAAUAGUUGACAUGUGCCAUUGGCAUUGGCUCAUGCCUAAUUCUGUGAUUCUCUUGUACUUUAUUGUGUGAACUUUUUCCAAUAUUACUCUAGCUAAUAAAAGUUAUUCAAGGGAUUUACUAUUAUUGGAAUAGGAAAAGGUGAUGAUAUUUUGGUUGGCUGAAA